CAGGCUGGUUGAUAUCAGGUUACAAAGACAACUUUCGGCGGUCGCAGUGGCCGCUGACUUCCAGCUGGGAUUUGUCGCCCAAAUCGGCCAGAUCUCGGACGAUUUUGCCCCGUACACCCACCCCAGACUGCAGAGGACACCCCGGUUUUUUAGGCAACAAACUUGGCAGUCCCGGUGCCGAUCCGCUGGUGAGGGGAAGCAGAGGUGCCGUCGUCAGCGUAACUGAAAGUGUGUCCGCCGACUCGGAAAUGUGGACUCACCACCGCUACAGCUAGGAAGGUUUCCUGGGUGGGACAGACAGCAGCAGUGAAGAGUCGUGAUGGCGGCACUCAGUACGAUGGACAGGCACAUCCAGCAGACCAACGACAGGCUGCAGUGCAUCAAACAGCAACUCUCUACGCCGCAGGGUUUUCAGAAUGCAGCGCGAGAGCUGCUGGAAUGGUGCGCCGACCCUCGUGCAUUCCAGAGACCCUUCGAACAGAGCCUGAUUGGCUGUUUGACGGUGGUCAGUAGAGUAGCGGCACAGCAAGGGUAUGACCUGGACCUUGGUUACCGACUGCUGGCAGUAUGUGCGGCGCAUCGCGACAAAUUCUCACCCAAAUCGGCAGCUAUGCUCUCUCUCUGGUGUGAGGACCUGGGAAGACUGUUACUGUUGAGACAUCAGAAGAAUCGUAACUCGGACGCCGCCAAAACAGUUUCCAUGCACCAACAGAUGCAGAAGAACCUCCCUCCAGUGCCACAAGGUGAUUCCACGGUAGCAUGGCAACAAGGUAGCCAGCAACAGCAGUCCCUGUCUGUUGUCACUACUGUGUGGGGUGUCACCAGCACUUCCAACAGCCAGGCUCUUAACAACAACUCCCUGACCCCCGCUGGAACCAACGUCACGACCAGUAUGAACCCAAACACGCACUUUGCACAGCAGCAGCCCUUCACGGCGGCCGCGGCCAAUGCAAACAAGCAGUACAACCCUCAGAACAUGGGUCAGUACCGACGAGAUGGUAUGGGAUACCCCAACAUGCCCCCAAACAGGCCUCCGCAUCCAAACAGAGCAUCCCAAAGAAUCCAAACUCCGCCAGAAGGAGCCAAACAGUCCCCCACUAUUCUUUCCCACAGUGGUUAUCCCCCCACGCCCAACACGCCGGGGCAAGGGGUCGGCCAGCCGGGUGACUUCACACCGCCAGCAGCUGCAGCCGCCGCAGCAGCAGUCGCAGCCGCAGCCGCCACGGCAACAGCCACCGCCACGGCCACGGUGCAGGCUCUGCACGAGAAGCAGCAGCUGAACGAGUAUGGGCAGCAGCAAGGGGGGUCCCCAUUAUACUCUGUUUUUCAGGGGCAAGGUCCUCCGCAAUACAACAACCAGUACCCUCCUCAGCAGAGACCCAACAUGCCUCCCAACAUGCCACCCAAUCUGCCACCCAACAAGCAGCAACAGAUGAACGUGAACAUGAACAUGUACAACAACCCACAGAGACAACAACAGUACCGGCAAUACGUAGCCCAGCAACAGGCUCGCAUGAGGCAGGGGUACCCACAACAGGGCUUUCCCAUGGGUCCAGAGGACGGACCGCUCAAGAUUCCAAGCGAAAACAUUCCCACAAAACAGCCCGCCCUCUCGGUCAAACAGGAAAUGACCGAUAGCAGAAUGAAGGAGAAAACUAUUAUGUAUGGACCACAAGGUGGACAGCCCCCUCAACAGUACCCACCAGCUAGCCAGUAUGGGAAGCCAGGUUACCCCGGACCACAGGGCAUUCCCCCCUCCCCCAACUACCCCGGCCCUCAGGGGGGACCACCCCGGCCCCAGGGGCAGUUCCCAGGGGGACCCCAGGGGGGUCAGUUCUACGGGCCGCAGGGGCAGUUGAACGGGAGGCAACCGCCUGGACCCCCGGGCCAGCCGGGCAUGCCAGGCCAGCAGGUGCAGAUGCACCCGAAUCAGAUGCACCCCAACCAGAUGCACCCAAACCAGUUCCCCAACCAGCAACAGAACUUCAACGGGCCUCCCCAGAGGAGUAUGAGCAGCUACCAGCAUUCACCCAUCCCCAGUAACCCCACCCCACCAAUGACUCCAGGCAGCAUGCCUCCUGUCCCCUCCCCGUAUCCACCAGACAUGAAACCUGGCUUCGACGGGCCGCCUGACAUCAAACCAAACAUACCCAAUCCCAACGAUGAACUUCGUCUGACAUUCCCGGUACGUGAUGGCGUGGUGCUGCCGCCGUUUCGGUUGGAGCACAACCUGGCCGUCAGUAACCAUGUCUUCCACCUGCGCCAGUCUGUGCAUCAAACUCUCAUGUGGAGAUCUGACCUGGAACUGCAGUUUAAGUGCUACCACCACGAGGACAGACAAAUGAACACCAACUGGCCGGCGUCCGUCCAGGUCAGCGUAAACGCCACGCCACUGACCAUCGAGAGAGGCGAGAACAAGACAUCACACAAACCUCUGUACCUGAAGGAAGUGUGCCAGCCCGGCAGAAAUACCAUCCAGAUCACAGUCACUGCCUGCUGUUGUUCGCACCUUUUUGUGCUCCAACUGGUGCACAGACCGAGUGUCAGGUCCGUGUUGCAGGGCCUGCUCAGGAAAAGGUUACUCCCAGCUGAACACUGCAUCACCAAAAUCUUCCCCACGGCAGUCAAGCGGAACUUCUCCAGCGUGGCGGCGUCCAGCGGCGGGACGAUGAACGGGGAGGACGGCGUGGAGCAGACGGCCAUCAAGGUGUCGCUCAAGUGUCCCAUUACCUUCAGGAGGAUACAGCUGCCCGCCAGGGGACACGACUGUAAACAUAUCCAGUGCUUCGACCUGGAGUCCUACCUGCAACUCAACUGUGAGAGAGGCCAGUGGAGAUGUCCUGUCUGCAACAAAACAGCCUUGUUAGAGGGCUUGGAGAUCGACCAGUUUAUGUGGGGUAUUCUGACUGCAGUGCAGAGUUCACAAGAGAUAGAAGAGGUGACGAUAGAUGCCAAUGCAAGCUGGAAACCCAUCCCACCCAAACCUGGUCCAGACAUCAAGCAGGAAGACGAUGAAGCAGCGUCGUGUCAGCCGCCCACGAAGAGAUUCAAAGCCAUGUCGCCUGGCAGCAUGCAGAUGCCCACCAUGCACGACUUCAACAUGGGGCCCAGCCCCUACCCCCCCUCCCUGCCUCCCCCACCCCCGGGGCAGGGCUACAAUGGUCAAGGUGGGCUAGUGGACUUACUCAGCCACUCUACCAAGAGAUGCCAAGGCCCGAAUCCUCCGUACACACCGAACAGCGGCGGUUACGACUACAACCAGGGUGGACCCGGUCCCGGACCAGGGGUGGGAGGGCACCAGGGUCCUCCUGUCAGCAUGCCCGGUGACUUCAACCCCAGCAACGGACCUCCUCUCUCUCACAUGAACGACAACAUUGCGUCAAACGACCUCCUUCCUGUAGAAAAGCACCUCAAUCACGCGUCACCACAGAUGAACCAACCCAACGGUGGUCCUGGAGGCCCCCCACUCAACCACCCCCACCCGCCCCAGCUUCCGCCCAGCAGCCAAUCACAACAGCUGAUGCAUCAUGGAGUGGGAAACAACAACCCCUCCAAUAGGCCGGGAGGGGAGGGGAUGAACGAUGAGUUGAACUUUGACCCGCAGGCAGUGAUUGACGGUGGCGGAGAGGGACAAGAAGGCCUUGAUCUUCUACCGGAGAAUAUCGGCGACCCCACAGAACUGUUGUCAUACCUUGGACCACCGGACCUUCCUGGCAAUAACAACAACGACGAUCUCCUCUCCCUUUUUGACUCAUAAUCUUCACUGUUGAAGACGAGAGACUUGGACCUUUGCUGUAUAUAGCUCACCGUGUGGAAAUGUAGAAUAGUUCCUCCGGAAAGCCAUUUUUUGUACGUGCCUGCGAACAGAGGCCCCGCCUGUCGAGGUGACGACCGCAAGACAGGAACCGUUGUUUUCUGGAACAGUGAAACUGCAAACAAAGGGAGGAGAAACAGUGAGAUUCCUUGUGAAAAAAAAAGAUGUGCCCCAUGUUACCGUUCUGGUUACCACGUGAAACGAAAGCCUGCUUAGCAGAGACUGAUCCCAUGCACCACCUGAACACGAUGCCCUAACCAUGGCAGCUAGCAGACUGUCCACUGUCAAGCAGCAGCACACAGAAAGACGUCUGGCUUACUAGGAAAUGUUUUUCUAGUAGAAAUACUGAGAUGAUACGGUGUAAACCCUCCUGUGAGGGAAGGUCUUUCCAUCUGUGUAAGUCAACGCUACUUACACUUUCUGGGGUGCUUUUUAUGCACUUAAAAAAAGGUUUUGAUGCAGUAAAAUUACAUUGUAUCUCUGGAAAGAUAGCAAGUUUGGUACAGGAAAUGUUGUUUCAGUUCUUAAGAAGAAGAACGUGAGGUUGUAGACUUUGUACUGAAGAUAAAGGCUCAGGUUUAAAGAGAGAGUAUUUUAUGGUUGACCUUUGUAAAGCCCAGUGUUCCCAGGUUGACCGUCUGGCUCAUGUAUGGAAGCUAUGCAUGUCUGCUGGAUAGAGGGGCGGGAGAGAGGGUGCGUGCGGGUUUGCGUGGUGCCAAAAAAAUUUUGCCUCCUUUCUUACCUGCCACAAUGGCUGGCCAAACAGACUCAUUCCAGCCUGCAACACAACAAGGAGAUGAAACUUUUAUCAUUAUGUGUAGGAAAAACUGGAACUAGCCCUGCAUAUUUAUAUGUAUAUGCUGUAAAUACGAAGGCGAUUUUAAACCUGCUUAUUUUUUAGUAUGUGCUUCUAGGAAGACUUUGCUAUGAGUGGUAGUGUACUAUAGUCGUGCUUUGUACUGUGGUUGUUUUAGGUGAACAUUUUAGACUGCUCCUCAGAUAUGACUGGGGGCUGUAGAGAGAAGUGGACCUCACGGCUAUAUCGUAAUUAUAUUUUAAGUUAUGCAAAAGUGUAGAAAGACUAGGUCUGAAAAUAGUUUUUACAUGUAUUUACUCCAGACGUGUGUUCAUAUAUAUAAUCAAUGUGUGUAUGUGCACUUGCGGGAGAUUUACUUCUCGCAAACAAGGAACACAUUCUUUGUAAAAAGGCCACUUUGUCCUUGAGCCUGUGGGGAAGAUAAAUGUGUUCGUUUCCAUGUGUGGACGUACAGACGUACCAACCGUAUCUUGUGGAAGUCCGUGUCCGACCAUCCAAAAGUUUCAUAUAUUUUGUAUGGACUGUGUAUGAGCGUGUUUCUAUAUGCCUCCCUGUACAGUCGAGUUAACUGUAGGAAAUUUACCGAUCUCUAUGUGAAAUUGCCAAGUUGCAUCACAGCCAAACAUGUUUCCUGCGUUUUUUUGUCAGAUUUUCUCAGUUUUUUGGACUUGUAAAGUAACAUCCAGCUUUGUAAUCUGUGUGCAAAACCCUACAGCUGUGAAAUGUGGGGGACUGUAAUGUACUGUCAUGUAUGUCGUCCUGUUACUAUGGAGCUCCACUAUAGGCCAAUCCAAAGAAAAGAUUAAGAAAAGGUUGUAAAGCUACGUAUUGUUGGCAUUUUAUCCUUAGCGAUACACAUUUGUGGUCGCGAGUCAGUCCCCACCCCAGAUUUGAAUGCUGUACAGUUGCUAGAUACUAUAAUGUUUUACGCCUUAGCUCUGUUAGAUCUCUGUGACUUGUGAACAAUGUUCAUUUAUACUGCUAUUAAUGAUAUGGCAAAAUGUACUUUUUUGCCUUCUUUUGUAUAAAAAUGGAAAAAUCUGCUUUUGUUUAGAUAGAGUUGCACAACGGACCAGUUGUGUUGAAGACCCCGAAAACUGUCUGAUUGAUUACUUAAUAAUCUGCUUCAGAGCUUUUGACCUAGGUCGCGAUUAACACUGGCAAGCAUAUAAUUCUUAUAUGGCUUAAUUUAUAUGUCAUACUGAUAGAGUAACAAAGACACUAUGCUGCGCUAUUUUGUACAUACUGUAUGCCUUUAUUUCUCAUGCACGGACAAUAGCCUUGUUCCCGGUGCUUUUUGUUUGUGUACCACAGCCGAAAACUACUUCUCCAGAUUUUGCAGAUCAGCUCAGAGUGUGUACAGCAUAGCACAACUGGCAGACUGGCUAGCAAAACUGUUCUAGACUUGUAAUUCCCUCAACUUUCUUAUUUCUGUCAUUCUCUGCAUACCCAUAUGCUUACCGUCACAAGGAGCAUGUACUAUUUCACGCCACCUCCCACCAAAAUGACACGGGCUGGUGUGUCCUGACUUUAGCAAGCAGUUUCUCUGUAAAUGUUUGUUUUCCCUCUGUGCCUUUUUACCGAAAAAAAAGAAAGAAAAGCAAUUUCUUACUCCUUUCAAAACUAUGUAACAUGCAUUUUUAGUGAAAAACCCUACAGAUUCUUGCAACAUUUGUGAGGUAAGACUGGGUCUUGCUAAGAGUAUCCAUUUUUCAUUUUGUACUUAUUGACAAAGAGCGACCAUUCUGAACAGCCAGUAGAGUCACCUUGUUCCAAGAUUGGACAAGCAAAUCCCUUGGUCCAUUGCAGCAGUGUAUGAUGGCUAUCAAUGCAAUAAAUGAAGAUGUAGUGAUCAUCUAUUCAGAGUUUAAAACAGAAAGAUAACAUGUAUGCAAUACUGUGUAUUAGGCAUCCAAUCAUUUAAGUGUGAGUCAUUCCAAAUGGUUUAAAGACCAAAGUCUAUCUACUUCUGUCUUUUCAAUGGUCUUCUGAAAGAUGCUGGCUGCCAAAGGUACUCUUGUUUUGAAUGGUCUCUGCUUUGAGUGUAGUUUUAGCUGUUGGCUUCACCUCCGAUGAAGCGACACACUGGGUGUUAUAUAGAUAGUGUGGACAGUACCACACUACAUGGUUAGACUUCUCAUGAGAGGCCAGCUAACCAGGCACUGUUUUCAACAAAGAAACUUGUGCGUUAAAGUGAUCCAUAUUCUAGAAGACCUGUGGCCCUUCUUGGGCCCAUACAGAUGUGUGUCGUUCUGUAUAAAGUGUUCUGAGAAGAAAGUGAAGACACGUGCUUGGUUGGCUGGUUUCUCCAGGGAUGGGAUGUAGCAUUUAUUGAGUACUGCUGAAGGAACUUUGGGAACAGGCUCGCGCUAUGAUAUGGGCAAGGGGUACAAGUUUGUUUCCUUCUUACACUCCUUCUCUAGCUAUACCAAAAGACAUUAUGGGUGAAAGCCAGUGAAUUCUACAAUAUUUCUAAUGUUUUUUUGUAGUAGUCGCCAAAUUGAUAAGAGCUGUUCUUCCAAACAGGGUUUCGUGAAAUGUUACGUACUUUGCAGCUCAUGGCAUGUGUUACCAGAACUUGCCUCACCACUUGUUUGGUGAUAAUUUGCCCUCCCUCAUCAUCGACAUUGCCUGUUCCCUGAGUAACUGGACUUGUCAGUUGAACUUGGGGGAUUUUUUUUCGUGGAUAAAGUGGAAAAAAAGAUGUUGGAUCUUUUCUGUCCAUAACCUGGAAAUGCAAACAUACCUCAGACUUCACCUAUAUCAAACAAAACAGAUACCAGUGUACCGCCCCCCUCCCCCACCAAACAAGUCCAGCAGUCCAGUUCUGUUCUUUUCUCCUUGAUUUUCCAUUGAUCAGUGCAACCUGCAAGCUGUCCAUGUUUUCAGCCAUGCCAAUUCUGCACCAAUGUACCUAGGUAGCCCUUGUGGUUGAUAUUUAUGUAAUAAAAACCUUGUACCAAAGA